AUAGACUUCAGUCAGUGUGUAAAUUAAGUCGGUAAUGGGUGCACGUGUUUGAGAUUUUUAAGAUUUACGAUCUUACCGAGUCUUGACUGCAAUUUGGAUUUUAUAACUACUAUUAUUGUUAUUUCAUAUAUAUUUCAUAAAUUAAACAUUAUUUAUUGUGAAAGUGUCAAAGUGAAAGCAAUCAGACAUUCCAUCUUGGCCCAGGCUUAAAAAAGGAUUUAAACGAUUUCUACUGAUUUAUAAAAAAAAAUGAAAGACUGAAGUAACAAUAUCAAUUACAUUAUGCUGGACAUCUUCCCUCUACGAUGGUUCGCAAAAUUUCAACAUGGCGGUAUCGCCAAUCAAUUCUUUAUGGCUAUUAUGGUCACAAUUCCUGUGCUAAAUUUCGGUAUGCUGAUGGGAUGGCAGUCGCCUAUGACACCAUUACUGCAGUCCCCGGACGGACCAGCCCCGGAACCCAUCACAGAUGACACAAUAUCCUGGAUGGCAUCGAUCACAUUCUUUCCUUCCAUCUUCUGUGGUGUUCUGGUUGGAGACCUGGCUGAUAGAUGGGGCAGAAAAACCACUACAAUGUUGACAUCACUUAUGCUGGUGAUAAGUUGGAGUAUAACCCUUUUUUCACUUCGCCCAUGGGCGUUGAUCACGUCACGGGCAGUUGCUGGGUUGGCCUGUGCUGGCUGCUAUGUAGUCACACCAUUAUAUUUAAAAGAGAUAGCGUCAGACCGCAUAAGAGGCGCUCUAGGGUCCCUCUUCAUCCUGGUACAAAACCUAGGAUACCUGUUGGUCUACGUGGCUGGAGACCAACUCUCCUUUGUAACUGUAAUGUGGCUGUGCACGGCAAUACCUGUGCUGCAUCUACUGUUCUUCUUUGCCAUGCCGGAAACACCAGUGUUUUUAGUAAAACAAGGGAAAUAUAAGGAAGCCCGUGUGGCAUUAGCAUGGUUACGCUACACAUCACCGGAUGACAAGAAUCUUGAAGAGGAAGUCCAACAGAUGGAAAGAGAGGAGGAAUACGCACGCUCUAUGAAAAAGAGUUCUUGGAAAAGUUUAUUCCAAGACAAGACAACAUUCCAAGCAUUCCGUAUAGCGCUCAGCGUGAUGUUGUCUCAAGAGACCUGUGGCUAUUUGGUUGUACUGAUGUACGCCGGUUCCAUAUUUGACCAGGCUUCGCAAUCAAUCAGUCUAAAGCUCAGUCCCAACAAACAGACUAUAGUGGUGGGGGUCAUACAGCUUAUUGGCUCUAUAGUCGCUAGUUGCAUCGUUGAGCAGACCGGACGAAAGUGGCUUCUUGCUGGCACAUCACUAGCGACGGGAUUGUCUAUGCUGUCAUUAGGAGCAUGGUUCUAUGUCACAUCACUAUCAAUAUGGCUGCCGGGAUGGUUGCCAGUAUUGGCUAUGUGUUUGUGUAUAUUUUCAAACGCCGCUGGCUAUCAACCCGUCCCAUAUGUUAUUAUGUCAGAACUAUUUUCUUUUCAACACCGAGGAAUGGUGACGUCCUUUAUCAGUAGUGUUGACGCUCUCAGCGAUUUCCUACAAACAAAAGCCUACGACCCAAUGCUGAAAUAUUUCGGCAUACACUGGGUGUUCAUAUUUUUCUCUCUCGUAUGCUUCUUAGGGACAUUUUACACUGUCCUCUACGUACCAGAGACUAAAGACCGAAGCGUAGAAGAGAUCUAUGCUUUACUAGAAGAUGGAAGACAGAAGGAGAAAAGGAAAGAUGUAGAGAAUGGUAUAGACAAAGACGAUGAAGUGAGUCGGCUUUAGGAUUUGUGUUGUACCGGAUAAUUUAUUUUGUUGCAGUCUAGAAUUAAUUAACUUUGUAUUGACGCAUAUUUUUCAAAUAUAAGCAAACUACCCACAUAUUUUAAUUGUAUUACUAAGUAUAAGGUCGCGGAAUAUUAAAAGCAAAAUAAGUACACCCAAAUUUAAAAAAAAAAUCAUUACUUUAAAUUUGACCCUUAACAGGUAGUGUUACAAAAAAACAGUUACUUAUUAAAACUUCUGUUUAUUGACUUGUGUUAUUAAAAUAUAUAUUUAUGUACUCGUAUUUAGCCUUAAUAGUAACCUUUUCAAACCAUUUUUAAAUUUCAUUAAUCCGCUUUUAAUCUUUAAAAUUAUGUAUUAUCAAACUAAUUAUAUAAAAAAAAACUUUUUUAGAAAUGUGGGUAGACCAAUUAUUUAAAAAAUCACACAAUAUCUCGAGAUUUGAUUAUUAUUUUUAUAAUAUUGUAUCCAAUACACUCUGAAAUGUUUAGCUAUUAAGUCGUAAAAUUAAUACUGAGUUUUAUUCAUGACCACUAUACGCAAAGUAUAUAUGAUACUCAUCUACAACAUAUAUAUAUUUAUUUUUACGUCAGUUUAUUCAGAGAUGUAGAAAGUAAUAUAUUUAUAUGAAAAUGUAACA